AUGGUCGAAGCAGAUGCAGCGUCACACCGGCCCUCGACGGUUGCCUCGCGCAAGUCGACGAUGAGCCGAAACUCUCAGCUCGUCAAGAAGGCGACAGGUCCCAUGGAACUGCGACCUUCGGAUAUUCUCAUCGACAGAUUCGUCGGAUGGAAGACCAUCACCAAGAAUCUGAUUGCCUACUUUGAAGGCAUUGCGGACAUUGAGAAGAACACCGCCAACGAGCUCACCAAGCUCGGUGGAGUCAUCCAAGUACCCUUCCGUCAAGGCAACCAGUUCCUCGGUGAAGGCGGCAUGCAAGAUAUCUUUUAUGGCAUUCGGGAAAAGUCGCGCUCGAUUGCUGACCAUCACGCCAACCUGUCCAAGACUGUGGAUGGCUCGAUCGUGCAGCACCUCCAGCGCCUGCGAGCCGAAAUCAAGGCGCACAUCAAGAACAUCCAGAUGGACACAGGCCGACUUGCAAACCAAGUUGCAAAGGAACGCGAGCUGUCGACAAAGCAGAUCACCGACCUGGCCCGCUCAAUCACGUUGCUCAAGAACACGCCCAUGGGAAUUGGCGCCAAGGAGGAUCCCUGGUACACGAACAAUUUGGUCGCGCGUCAGCUCCAGAAGCAAGUCCACGAGGAGAACGCUCUGCAAAAGUCAAUCAUCAUCAUGCAGAACAACUCUGCCCACUUCGAGGAAGGCGUCGUCAAAGCCAUCCAGACGGCAUGGGAGACCUUUGACAACUGGUCGAGCCGAUGCCAGUCCCAAGUCCAAGAGACCUGGGCAGUCAUGGGUCAGCUCAUGAAGACCAUCCAGCCCAACACCGAAUGGAUCGCCUUUGCCGCUCGUUCGGACCACCUGCUCGAUCCAGACACACCUCUGCGCAACCCCGAUCACAUCCUAUACCCUGGCAAGGACGAUCCUUCGGUCAUCCCGGUUCACAUGGGCAUGCUCGAACGCAAGAAGCGCUUCACAAAGUCUUACAAGGAUGCUUACUACAUCCUCACGCCUGCUGGCUACCUCCACGAAUACCGUACCUCGGAUCUUGACUCCAACCCGAAUCCGGAUACGUCCUUCUUCUUGCCCGAGUGCACACUCGGAGCACCCACGAGCGCCAACGCACGCUCGCACAAGUUCCACAUCGAAGGCGGCAAGGGCAUGUCGGGCAACAAGCGUUCUGGCUUCCAGAGCAUGAGCACUGGCCGAGAGCACUCCUACACCUUCCGAGCUCGCUCUCACGAGGAGAUGAUGGAAUGGUGGUCCGAUCUCCGUCAACUCAGCAAGGUCUACCUCACUUCCUCUGAGCCUAUGGAUCGAUCCGGACCCGUUCCGGCUGCCGUUCGCGCUGCUGGCUACCUCUCGGAAGACGAAGAAGAAGGUGGCAGCUCGCUCGAAGAGGACGAAGAAGAGGAGGAAGAAGAGGAUGAGGAGGAAUCGGACGAGGAGGAAGAGGCGGAAGGCCUCGAGGCAGAGACCGCUCCCGCUGGCGAGAGCGUCAAAGCAACCGAAGCUGCCGAGGCGCAAGGCAUCACGACCGAUGCCGCGCCAGGCUACGAGACUCCGUUUGCCAAUUCGGGUAUCGCGAUCGGUGAGAACGGAUAUGCGGUAGAGAAGAAGGAGGGAGAGGCAGCCAAGGCGGCCGAAGGAGCAGCAGAGCCCUCAUCUACAGGUGAGGCGGCUUCCCUCGAGACUCCUUCGUAUCCCGAUGGCGCAAAAGCGAGCGAGUCCGGUCCCUCUGCAGACUCGCAAGGCGGCGACUCUGGUGCUCCUGCCGGGACAGGCUUGCUCGGCAGAUUCAGAGAACUCCUCUAG